ACGUCAUACAGGUGUUGAUGCGAGGCAGAAGUCAUUCGCAGAAGGAGCCCCGGGAGGUAAAAUCUAAAAGGUGGAGGUUUGUGAUGCAGUUGAUGCGUCAGACGUUAAUCACAGUUUGAGUAGUUUUUAUCUCCACGAACAAACGGACCGUGAACGCAUCACCGGGACAAACACUGGAGUCUAUUUUAUUUAUUUUGAACUUCACUCACUUUUGGAGCUCAACUCUUCUCACCUGCUCAUGGAGACUGCAGGAGGUCAGCGGGGGCGGGACGGCGGCGGUCCGAAGGCCUCCCCCCUCGACCUCCUCAUGAACCAGAUCCGCAGGAAGCGCGCGGCGUCGGCCCGGAAGCCGCUGGGACGCUUCCUGUCCCGGGACCGGACGGCGGUGCCGGAGGCCGCGGAGGAGACGGGACCGACCUCAGGCGUGGCCGAGGCCGCGGGGGGCGAGCAGGACGGCGGCUGGGGGCGGGUGUGCGUCUUCCUGCAGAAGUUGGGGAAGGAGGCCGACGGCCGCAGCUUGCGUCUGUCUCACUGUGACGUCACAGCCACCGACCUGCUGGAGUUAGCCACGUUGCUCCGCCUGCUGCCCCGGCUGGAGGAGCUGGACGUCUCCUGGAACGAGCUGAUUGGCGGAUGCCUGCCGGCGUUGACCUCUCACCUGCAGCAGGUGGGCGGGAUCAGAGCUCUGAGGCUGUGCAGCUGCAGGCUGAACGCCGCCGACGUGGCGGCGCUGGGCGAGGCCCUCUGCUCCGUCCCUCUCCUGGAGGUCCUGGAUUUGUCCUGGAACAGCGGCGUCGGCGGCGUCGCUUUGCAAUGCCUGCUGGGUAAACUCCCCCCUCCGUUGAGGGAGCUCCACCUGGUGGCCUGCCGGCUCACUGCGGCCGACGCCGCGGCGCUGGCAGGGACGGUGUCUGCUGUCCCCGGGCUCUGCGUGCUGGAUCUCUCCUGUAACCCUCAGCUCGCACAGGAAGUGGACGCCGGCGGCUUCGCGGCGCUCGCCUCCCGCCUCCCCCACGCCGCCGCGCUCGCCGCGCUGCGCCUGCAGGACUGCGGCCUGAGGCCCGGCGGCCUGGAGGCUCUCGGUGGUUCACUCCACCAUCACCUGUCAUUGCGAGAGUUGGACCUGUCCUGUAACAAGAGUCUGGCUGGAGGCCUGGAGACCCUCACGCCCCACCUGGCUCACCUCACGCACCUGGAGAGCCUCGACCUCCACCUGUGCCGGCUCACGCGCUCCGAUCUGGAGGCCCUGAUCCAGGUGCUUCCCUCUAUGGUGGGGCUGACCCAGCUCGAUGUGUCCUGCAAUCAGGAGGCAGGGGGCGUGGUCGACCAGCUGGUCGCCGCCCUCCCGCUGCCUCAGAUGAGGCGGCUGCCGCUCAACAGCUGCAGCCUGAACCGGGACGGCUUCACAGCUCUGGCCCUGGCGGUGCCCGCCCUGCUCAGCGUGGACGUGUCUUGGUGUAAAGUGGUCGGCGGGCGUCUGGCUCUGCUGCUGGACGCUCUGCAGCCGUCUGUGGUCCUGGAGCUCCGCCUCAGCAGCUGUGACCUCACCACCGAGGACCUGCGUCACCUCGCUGCCGCGUGCCGACGUGGCGUCCUGUCCUCCCUGCGCACGUUGGACGUGUCCUACAAUGGCUCCGUGGGGGAGGACGGCUGGUCCGCCCUGCUGGCGGCGGGAGGCCUGGCCUCGCUGCAGGACGUCGACCUCAGCCUGCGACCUUUGACCUCCGCCCCCUGCUCGGCCUGGCUGCCUGCGCUGCUGCGCGCUCUGCCCGGCCUCCCGGCGCUGACCCGCCUGGCGGCGCAGCGCUGGACCGCCGGCCCCCGGGACAGAGAGCAGCUGACCCACAGCCUGAGGAAGAGGGGCGUCCUGCUGGAGUGGGACGUGGUCACCGCGUCCUCGUCCGAGGCGACCAAUCAGGAGAGUCCUGAGGAGGACACAAGAUCACUGAGCAACUGA